AUGACUGCCAGCUACAGGCUCAGCGCCGCUCUCGCCCUGCUAUCACUGCCUCGCGGCGGUGAGGGCACCUCCAUCAAGACGGACUACCUCCCUCUCGGCCACGUGCGCACGGACCCGAUACUCUCUCAGACGUGCCUGACGGACCACGUCCACACCUUUUACGGACCAAAUGUUAUGCCGCGCCCCGAGGUUACGUUUGAGGACCUUGUGGCAACGACCGAUAACACGGGCAAUGUGGAGGAGAAUAAGUCUCUGUACUGGCACCCGACGGUCUACAGAUACGAUCAGCUCACCGGCACGUACACCCGCAACGAGAUUGGGCAGUCCUCGGCGUAUUACAUUUGGGCGAACGAAGAUAGCCCGCGCGCCUUUCCGCCGGGCUUCAGGAUGAUUGCGGGCCGGAACGGCGACACAGAGUCCGAGUUUCCCAACGCUUUUGCGGAGUGCGUGGAGCCUAGCCCGUGUUUGCGACCUGAUGGCUGCCAUACAGAGAACGACUUCUUCCCGCGGGAGGCGUGUGUCGAGCUCGAAGUGUCAAUGUUCUUCCCCAACUGCUGGGACGGGCGGCUCGAUAGCGCCGACCAUGCGUCGCACGUGGCGUACACAAUCGAGGGAGGCGAGAUAUCCUUCUUCUUCCGCAUCUUCGACUACGACGGCGGGUGGCACACCUUCUCCGACGGGUCGAGCACCUUCCACGCCGACUACAUCAGCGGCUGGGACCAAGAUUUCAUGCAGGGCGUCCUGGACAACUGUGAGACAGAGAGCUUGGGGCCCAACCCAGAUAGCUUUUGCGAGGAGCACAUCACGUUCCGUGACGGCCCAAAGUGCACCGACGAGGCGACCUGCGACUUUGCCAGCCCGAUCCUUCUGGAGAAGUUGCGGCAGAUCCAGCCGCGGACCCUGCCAGACAUGCGGGCCGGCAUCUCACCAGAGGCGACGGAUGUCGUCUCAUCUCUCCCGCGCGGCACGUGCACCGGCACCCUCCUUCUUCCUCCGGGCGUCGCGGCCAAGCCGCCUCGACCCCCGGCGCAGCCCCCUGCGCCGCCAGAGCUUUGCGACGACGAUGGCGCCGUGUGCGGCCACCUGAACGACGGGGAGUGCGAUGAUGGCGGGGCCGGGAGCGUGUACAGCCUGUGUCCCUACGGGAAGGACUGCACAGAUUGCGGUGCACGGGUCGCGGGCUGGGCGAUCCCCGACGCGAGGCAUGAGGUCCGCUGCUGCUCCGGUACGCAGCUCGGUGCGAUGUGGGACAAAAGAGCCGGUUGCGACGUGUGGGCCGAGUCGGACGGACCGGAGAUGGGCGGCUGCCACCACGGCAAGACCUUUGAAGAGGCCGAGGCCGUCUGCGCCGGCGCAGGCGCGCGCCUCUGCACCAAGGACGAGCUCGCGUCGGACUGCACGAGAGGCACCGGCUGCGGUCAUGACAGGGACCUCGCCAGAUCCUCGGACCCGCUCGAGUCUCGGCUCCUGCGGAUCGAGUCGCUCCUUGAGAGUCAGGCGGCAUCGAUGGAGCGCCUGGAGUUCGCGGUGACCGGCCUGACUGCCAGGAGGGACAGCGGCCACUCUGAGCGUCGGCCACUGCCGCUCGACGCGCUGCUGCUGCCCUCUGGGCGGGAGAGCCCGCCGUCCACGCCUCAGUCGUCCCGAGGCCCGCCGUCUCCGCCGCCGCCGCCCUCGCGCCUCUCGCUUGGCACCGCGCAGCCUCGCGCCAGCGGCUUGGAGCACUGCGAGCGGUGCGAGGGGUUCCUGUGGAAGCAGGCGCAGCACACGUCGGGCUUCUCGCGCCGGUGGUUUGAGCUGGUCGGCAGCGAGCUGCGCUACUACGAGGCCCCACCAGCCGCCGGCGGGCAAGCGCCGCAGCCAAAGACGGUCGUGGUGUCGGGCGCGACUGUCGCCGUCGCCGCCCCCGCGCGGGAGGGCGGACGGCACCGGCUGCGCCUGACGCCCGCGCCCGACAAGCAGAAGCGAGGGAGGUGGGUGGGCGACCAUUUCUCCUUUCAGACCUACCACCUCGAGGCGGAGAGCGAGGAGGACGCCACGCGGUGGCACGAGGCCCUCUGGGCUCGCGUCGCGGGCGGAGGCCCGUUGGCGGUCGUCGCGAGCCUCACCAGCCCGCCCGCCCGCGGCAGCAUGGCCGAGCUGCAGCAGGAGGGCGGGCUCGGCGUGGGGCACAUUGGCAGGGAGGAGGAGUGGAGAGGCCUCGAGGAGUGGCUCGGGCGCGACAUGGGGCAGGACCAGCUGCAGCCCUUCUUUGACUGGGAGCUGGGCAGUCUUGCGGGCGGGCCCGCAGACUUUGCGCUCGCCACCUUCGAGAUCGGCGUCACCUCGGGCGGGCUGGUCGCCGCUGCGGACGAGGCGGCGAGAGCGCUCGUCGAGGAGGCGGUGCCGCUGCUCUGGUGCUCGCUCGAGCCGCGAGAGGGCAAGGUCGCCACGCCGUACGCGGCAGAGGCGCGCCCACCUCUCCAGCGCUAG